CGCGAACAAAACCAUAGAUAAGACUAAGCCUUCCUAGGCGAUAAUGAUAAAGAUUAUAACGACAAUUCAAUAAUGAUCCGAAAGUUUUGCCUCGGUUUGGUGGGUUGUCUCUUGGCAAGCGGCCUGCUUGUGUUUCUGGUAGUACGGCAGAGCAGAGAACAGAGCCUCAACAGAGCCUCAAGACAGACCAGUGUUGGACUUGGAAGCCCGUCAGGCCCGUCAGCUGAGCUGGUGAGCGGCUCCUACCAAUGGGAAGGUCGGGUUUUCAUCAGGGGUCCCAGUGGUAAAUAUGGCGCCCUGUGCAGUUCGUACGUCACCUCAAAGGAUCUCGACGUGGUCUGCAGGAGCAUCUUUCCUAAUGAGGAAGUCAAGGGUUACAGCAGUCCAGUGACAGCCUUUGGUGGGAGUUUAGAAAAUAACGUCAUGGCCAACUCUCCCCGUUGCUUUGGGACCGAGACUGACAUCCUGCAAUGUCCAGGGGGUGUUAUCACCUGGGUUGAUAAAUCUGUCUGCGUCCGGGGGCAAGCCGCGGUCAACUGCCAAGCCAACACCCCUAUGCGGCUGACGGGUGGCACUUCACUCUACGCGGGGAGACUUGAGGUGUUCUCCAACUCCACGUGGGGCUCCGUGUGUAAUGUCGGCUUCACCAUUCUGGAUGCGCGAGUCGUUUGUGAUAAGCUGGGAUACUGGCAUUCCGGUGCUGUUGUGGCAUCGGCAGCGUCGUAUGGGACGGGGACAGGACCAGUGCACAUGGAGAACGUGACGUGCAGGGGGACUGAGCCGGACCUGGCGUUCUGCUCCUUUGACGACGACACGACCUGCAACCACACAAGUGACGUCGCCAUCAGCUGUCAGCCCGCACUGUUGGCUGCCGGGUACGUGCGUCUGACGGACGGGGUACAGCCAUGGCAGGGACGGGUGGAGCUGUACAGCGUCUUCCGUCACGCCUGGACCCCGGUCUGCAGCAACAGCUGGACAACCACCAACUCGAAAGUCACAUGUACCAACCUUGGAUACAAGUACGGCGGAGCGGUGAUGAGUGCGAUGCCCGAGGGAAGUACACGUGUUCUCCUGAACCGCCUGACGUGUCACGGCAACGAGACGAACCUGGCCCAGUGCCUGGGCUACUGGAUGAGACACAGUUAUGACUGUGGCGCGUUCCCCCCCACCACUGCUGCUCUAGACUGCUCAGGAGGCAUCAAAGUCCAGCUGACGGGUGGCACGAAGCCUCUGGGGGGUCUUGUGGAGGUCCUUCAGUCUGGAACCUGGGCGACUGUUGACAACAAGUCCGUGCAGACUGAAGAAGCCUCGGCCCUCUGUGCUUCUGUUGGAUAUCAGAACACAAAGCCGCAGGUGUUACCUGGCAACACGUUCGGGAGGGGCACCAACAGUACCAUCUCGACUUUAGUGUGCUCGGGUGCCAGGCAACACAUAUCCCAGUGCACCAUCUCUGCUCCGGUCGUCAACACUAAGUCCAUCCAUGCUGCUAUCCGAUGUUUCACUUGUGGCGACACCUACAGAUCGGACUCAGGCAGCAUCCCCUCUCCCGGGUACCCAGGCAGCGCCUCUAACAACAUUGACUGUCUGUACCACAUCAGCCCACAGGGUUCCGCCAAGCGCUACAAGCUGUGGUUUACUAAUUUCAGACUGUCGGCUAAUGACCUGGUUGAGAUCAAGGAGGACCCCCUGUCAGCGCCUCUUGCCGUCUACAAAGGCGGCGCCACGCCAGGAGAACACCUCUUCAACAAGGACGUUUACAUUAGGUUCAGAUCGCAGUGUUGUGGCUCAAGGAUGUUUUACGUAAGAUGGGAAGCUGUCACCAUAGAGAGUACGGUGUCCUUGACCUGCACCGACGCCGCCAUGGACAUUAAAGUCAACAUCACGCAGCUAAGAUGGCUGUACCCGGACACAAAUCCCGCCUACAUCUCGCUGGUUAACGAGGGUUGCACGGGAUCUUAUGCUGGAGACACGUGGAGCAUCAAUAACCCCCACUCUCAGUGCUACACUAAUAGGGCGAUCGACCCGACGUACGUCACGUACCGCAACGCCCUAAUCUACAAGGAAAUUGGUAGUGGUCCAAUCGUCAGAGAGCACCGCUGGAGAGUGGAUAUGGAGUGCGCCUUUAUCAGGGAGAGGAAGAUAAACCAGCAGUACAGUGUCAAAAACGAGUUCAACUACUUCCGGAAUCUGUCAUCCGACUACUCAGCCGAAAUCCACCUGUACAACGACUCCACGCUUCGUAACGAGAUGAGCUUUGAUCCAAUCAGAGCAAAGCUCGGAGAUGACCUUUAUGUCAAGGUCAACCUAAAGGGCAACUGGAACGUCUCAAUGAGGAUACAGAGCUGUGUUGGCAAGCCAGAUCCCAACUCCACCAUAUCAUACGCUUUGGUGCGAAACGGGUGCUCGUCUGACAAGGAAACCCACGUAGUGUACGAGAACCCUACCACCACACUGUUCCACUUCAAGGCAUUCGAGUUCUACGCAGGGUACAGCACGGUCUAUCUCUCUUGUGACGUCAAGUUCUGUACUCCAGGGGACGCCACGUCCGCGUGCAACUGGAAGUGCAACACUCUGCUCAGGAAACGCCACAUCUCCAACCUGAAGGGCACAGACUACACUGUAACAAAACGUCUUCAGAUUGUAUGAAGUUAGCUCUCAUUAUGUCAACAUAUGAAAUAAAGAUAGCAUGAAAGUUA